AACACGAUCAGGAUAUUUGGAUAUUCUGUGCUAAAGGUGUCCCAUCUCCCCCCAUCCUACUAUACGGUGUAUUUUACUACAUAUUGCAGUUUCUUAUAUGCGCUAAUUAACUACAGGGAAUAAACUGUAUAUUAUGUCGCGCAAGACGGUAUAACAGGUUAGGAUAAUACGGAACAUAUUUUUAUUUUAUCUAUCCAUUUGGUAGUAAACAAUUAAAACAUGUUUACAGAACUAUAUAACCUCACAACUCCAAAUCCUCACAACUCUAAAACCCUAUAUCCUCAAACCCUAUUUCCUCACAACUCUAAAAAGCGCUGUUAAUUGUGGAGUAUUAUGUGCUAACGGUAUCCGUCUUACCCCACAGUAAUAUAUAUAGCAGUGAAUAGCUUAUAGUUGACCAGCAUGGCAGCAGGUGUAUCUCACACAACAGUGACCACGCCUCAUUAUCCAUUUGAAACUUGCGGCAAAAGUUUGGUAACAAGGGAAAAAAUUGAAAGGACCUUGCAGAGCAGAGCGUCAUUACAAUCAGCGUCGUUGCAAAACUUCUAUUACAGAGGAAACCGCCUUCACAACUACGGUUAUCCUUCAGUUAUAAGUAGCACCCAACAGCUUCUCGCUCUAACACCAACAAAGUUAGGCGUCUCCCCUAUCUGGAGAAGAGGUGCACAACAUAACCGCUCCGCUAGGAGGCGCUCAAGCGCUAAAGACCUUCUUCCGCCUAUGACGUCAUGGAAUAGUGACGUCACGAAGCAAGGGAAAUCCCCUUCUCCUAUUUCGCGGGGUAGCUCGGUAUUACGACUUCACAGCAAUAAACAUUCUGCGCGAACGACUCCGGCAUUACCUUCAACACCGCAACCUGUUAAACCCGAUGUUAACGUUAAAGUAUCCGCUACCCAGGCGUCUAUUUUGGGAUCCACGCCGAUUAAAGUUAGAAGUAUUCAAGCCUACCAUGACCAAAUGCGAUCCUACUUUGGUCCCAGGCGGAACAAUGACCCGAAUUUUGUUGCCCGCAAGAUGGCGCCCGUGCUGCGCGUCGUUCCAGCUACAACGCGGCUCUGGGUUCGCGAAACGAGUGAUCCGAAACCCAAAGUUCAGAAACCCGAAGCGUCGGAUAAUUCACAAAAGCGGGUUCGUUUUUCUGAUCAAAUGGGACUCCCCCUAGUCCGAAACAUGACCCCGAAUUACCGGAGAAAACAUUCCUACAUUCUGCGUUGGCUUGAAACAGCUGGAAGACCCAUUCAACCGAUGGCAUAGAUAAAGUUUUGGGAAAACAUGGGACACCUUUUCAUUCUACUUUCUCGUCCCAUUUAGUAGUAAACAAAGAACAUUCAAAGGAAUAUAAAACCGUAUCCUCACGACUCCUACAAAUCAGGAUAUUUGGAUAUUUUGUGCUAAAGGUCUAAGUUGCAUAAAACCCGUAUUUUCUGGUCACUCCCUUUAUUCUUUCCACUUAUUUUGGCAUUUUAGUUCAAAGCGUCCAUUCUAACUUCAUCAAAAUGAAUUUAGUUUUACAAAACUAAACUUUUAAGAUUAACUUCGUAUCUUACACACAUCGGCUGUUAUGUUUACAUUAAAACUGGCGUAUAAACAAAUCCCUUCAAAUAUAAUAAUUCUAUUUAAUAAAAAGUAACGUGAUAGCCCACAUGCGAGUUAUGAAUUGCUGUCUUUUGUUCAAUUUCUUUGUUAAAGUGUAAUAUAUACAAGUUCCAGAUUGUUAAAACAAAUUAUAGAAUGUUCACGUUUAGACAGGAACUUGUGCAAAUAAAUAGAACCCGUUCAUU